AGAGCAGCCAAGUCAUGUUGUCACUAACUAACCUAACUAGCCAAUUUUCCAAAUAGCAAGAGAUGCGCGUCAAAUCUGCCAUGAUGAACGUCGACCUCAAAAUUCAAAAACCAAGAAAAUUGUUGCAAGACUGUAUGUGUGUAAUGGUAUAACCCUUAGCACAAUCAAGAAAAAUUAGGUGAGAUGACGAACAGAAACAGGGGCAAAGUUUCGCUCGAAUGGAUUCUGAUUCUGUGCAUUUUCAGCUUCGCACUUGGCAUGCUUUUCAGCAAUAGAAUAUGGGUUUUUCCCAAAUCAGAGGAUCAAAUCAUGCCCUUAGGACGACGACCAGGAGAUUUGGCUGCUAUAUCUCAUGACUGUGCAACAGACAAGGAUAAGAGGGAACUGAUUGGAGAGUUUAGCAAAGCCCAUGAGGCAAUCGAGAGGAAUGUCAGAUCAUUGGACUCUUCAAUUGCUAAACUGCGUAUGGAGCUGCCUUCAACAAAGAAUUCCCGCAAGAUUGGGAACUUUGAAAACUUCAGUACUGUUGCUGUUCACCUGGACAGUACUGAGACGAGGAAAAGGACAUUUAUGGUUAUUGGUAUAAACACUGCAUUUAGUAGUAGGAAGAGGCGUGAUUCAGUUAGAGAAACCUGGAUGCCUCGAGGCAAAAGUUUACUUCAACUUGAACAAGAGAAGGGAAUUGUUGUUCGUUUCAUGAUUGGUCACAGUGCAACAUCCAACAGCAUUCUAGAUCGAGCAAUUGACUCGGAGGACGCUCAGCAUAACGACUUUCUUAGGCUUGAACAUAUUGAAGGAUAUCACGAGUUAUCAGCAAAGACAAAAGCAUUCUUUUCCACUGCAGUUGAAAAAUGGGACGCUGAGUUUUACAUCAAGGUGGACGACGAUGUUCAUGUAAAUUUGGGCACGUUGGCUGCAACUCUUGCUCGCCAUCGCUCAAAGCCUAGAAUAUAUAUCGGAUGUAUGAAAUCUGGGCCAGUUCUUCAUCAAAAGAAUGUUAAAUACCAUGAACCCGAGUAUUGGAAAUUCGGAGAGGAGGGAAAUAAAUACUUUCGACAUGCAACUGGGCAGAUCUACGCUAUCUCAAAGGAUCUCGCAAAAUACAUCUCCAUCAACCAGCCAAUUCUGCAUAAGUUUGCUAAUGAAGAUGUAUCGCUUGGAGCAUGGUUUAUCGGUCUUGAAGUUGAGCACAUUGAUGAUCGCAACAUGUGCUGUGGAACUCCACCUCAAUGUGAAUGGAAAGCACAAGCAGGUAAUGUCUGCGUUGCAUCAUUCGACUGGACCUGCAGUGGAAUUUGUAAAUCUGUGGAAAGAAUCAAGGAUGUUCAUGCCAAAUGUGGUGAAGAUGCUGCCACUCUUUGGAAUGCUCUUUUCUAGUAUUGUUGCUGUCUAACAGCAGAAAGGAUGUCAAUCCAAAUGUUACGAUUCUUGUCAUCCUUAUUAGCAAAAUACACAAAGAAAUUGAGGAAGAAGCUCGAUGUGUGGCACUCAAGAACUAUCUAUAAUGCAAAACAAAUAUGUUUUUUAUGUCACGAGAAGUAAUAUUGUAGACAUAUAUUUCUGUACGUAUACAUUUCCUCUUUAACUUAUUACUAAUUUCCAAACUUCAGCUUGUCAGCUGGAUAUAUUCCACUCA